AAUCAGUCUCAAUCUUUCAAUUCCUAAAACUCUGUAAUCCCAGAGAUUUUGAGCUUGAAAUCGAAAUUUCACCAAAUUGGAUUGUGGCCUACAAAUAAAACAACUAAGUAUUUAGGCGUGUGUACUGUGAGUGUGCAGCAAAACGGGGCCAAUAAAAGGGGAUAGUUCUGGUAAGCAGUUUGCUCAUGGGGCAUUAUCCCGUAUGUAGAGAACAGCUAUAUAUUAGGUUUGGGACUAAACAAGGCGUGUGGUUUGGUGUCAUCCGUCAAAGACUAGAUUAAUUAGAGCCUCUUCUUCUCAACGAUCAGUUUUGCCACUUCAGGCUCGGACAAAAAACCCUAAAAAAAAUCCCCCAUUGAAACUCAACUGGCAUUGCCGGGUACCACUAUUUGCCCCGCGAAGUACCCAUGUUUUCGCCUUUUUUUGUUUUUUCUUUAAAGAGCAAUGGUGAGACCAGCACUUGAAACAAAUCAGCUUUCCAUUUUAAAUACCAUAUAUAUAUAUAUAAUACUAUAAACCUCUAAAUAAGAUUGCCUUCGUUUUAAAGUCUUUAUCGUAUUUUCACCUUCCUUUGGGUUAAUUAUAUAUGAUGACUGACCCUAAUAAUCCCACCGAUGACCAUCGUUCUCAGCCGCCCAUACCAUCAUCCUUCGACCACCCAAACAUCCAAGUCCCACAUCCCUUGCUCACUCACACCUGCGAGGACCCGCCUCCCACGUGUGACAAACUACCUCCUGCUGGCAAAUCUCCUAUGGCCUCCUCCUCCUCCCCCGGGAAACACCCAAUGUAUCGUGGAAUCCGGUACCGGAGCGGCAAGUGGGUCUCUGAAAUCCGUGAACCGCGCAAAACCACGCGUAUAUGGCUAGGUACGUACCCCACCCCAGAAAUGGCUGCAGCUGCCUAUGAUGUGGCUGCCCUAGCCCUAAAAGGCAGUGAGGCUGUUGUUAACUUCCCGGCCUCUGUUGCUUCUUAUCGGCUUCCUGUUUCAACAUCAUCGGCGGAUAUACGGAAAGCGGCCUCAGCUGCUGCUUCACUUAAAAAGGAUGAAAUGAAAAGUGGGAUUAAUAUUGGAACAGAUGAGUAUCAUCAGGCGAAAGAUCGAGAAGAAAUGAGCAAAGAAGAAUAUGUGGACGAGGAUGCCCUUUUAGACCUGCCUAAUUUGCUGGUUGACAUGGCGCAGGGAAUGCUGGUGUCGCCACCGAGGAUACGCUCGACGCCAUCCGAUGAGUCGCCGGAGAAUUCCGAUGGAGAAAGCUUGUGGAGCUAUUAAUUGAUCCAUAUUUUUUGGAUUUUUUAAAUUCAAUAAAUUAGGAACUUGAGUUUGACGAAAUGAAGUAAGUAGGGCAUGGCUGCAGGCAUUUGAUGCAGCUUUGAGCAUAAAACUUGUCUUCCUCUGAAAAAAAAAAACUGUUAAUUAAAGGACCCCCCCCCCCAAAAAAAAAAAAAACAAGAAAAAAGGAUUUAUUCAUGAAUGUGUGAUAGAGUGAUUUGCAACACGUAAAAUACUUUGGGAUUUAAGCCGUUGGUUAGGGUUCCCAUAUUUCUUUGCUUUCAAGAGCUUUUUGUGAUAUAUAUAGAUAAAAUGAUGUAA